AUGGAGAAGAAACUUGGGAUGAAGAAUGAAGUUAAGGAAGUAGAAGAAGUUAAGGAGGAUGGAGAAGAAGUUAGGGAAGGAGAAAAGGUUAAAAAUGAAGAACAAGUUAGGGAAGGAGAAGAAGUUAAGGAUGGAGAAAUAGUUUUUGAUGGGGAAGAAUUGAAGGAAGGAGAAGAGGUUAAGGAGGAAGAAGAAGAAGAAGAAGUUUUGGAUGGAGAAUAA